AUGCUGGACCACGGCAGACUAUAUUACAGCAUCGCGGACCACGGCAGACCAUAUCACAGCAUCCUGGACCACGGCAGACCAUAUCACAGCAUCCAGGGCUACGGCAGACCAUAUCACAGCAUCCUGGACCACGGCAGACCAUAUCACAGCAUCCAGGGCCACGGCAGACCAUAUCACAGCAUCCCGGACCACGGCAGACCAUAUCACAGCAUCCCGGACCACGGCAGACCAUAUCACAGCAUCCCGGGCCACGGCAGACCAUAUCACAGCAUCCAGGGCCACGGCAGACCAUAUCACAGCAUCCCGGACCACGGCAGACCAUAUCACAGCAUCCCGGGCCACGGCAGACCAUAUCACCUAAGGCUACUUGGAUGA